AUGAAGACGACGAACAUGCAGGGAAAAGUUAGAGGAGGAAACAUGAAGGCGAAUCCACAACAAGUGAUUUUUGAGCUGAAGAAGAAAGUCGUCACUGCCUUAAACAAGCUCGCGGAUAGAGAUACAUAUCAGAGAGGAGUCGACGAGCUAGAGAAAACAGUCGAGCAUCUUUCACCAGAUAAGAUCUCAUGUUUCCUCUCCUGUAUACUCGACACCGACUCUGAGCAGAAGACUGCAGUUCGCAAAGAGUGCGUCAGGUUAAUGGCUACUUUGGCUAAGUUUCAUCAAGGCCUCGUUGGGCCGUAUCUCGCUAAGAUGGUCUCUAGUAUCGUGAAGCGGCUCAAGGAUCCGGAUUCUGUUGUGAGAGAUGCGUGUAUUGAGACUAUGGGCGUUUUGGCCUCGAAGAUGAGCUGCUAUGAGGACCAGAGCUAUGGGGUUUUCGUUUCCUUGGUGAAACCGCUUUUCGAAGCCAUUGGUGAUCAGAACAAGUACGUGCAGUCAGGUGCGGCGUUGUGCUUGGCGAGAGUCAUUGAUAGCAGUCCUGAAGCUCCGGUUGCGAUUAUACAACGCAUGCUAAUGAGAACUGUGAAGCUGCUUAAUAGCUCGCAUUUCAUUGCGAAACCAGCGGUUAUUGAGCUUAACAGAAGUAUCAUCCUGGCUGGUGGGGCAACGACAAAGAGUGUGCUUUCCUCAGCAAUGAGUAGCUUUCAAGAUGCACUUAAGAACAAAGACUGGACAACUCGUAAGGCAGCCUCUGUGGCACUUAUGGAAAUUGCUGCUACUGGUGAAAAGUUUCUUGGACCUCUCAAGGCUUCUUGCAUCUGCUCUCUAGAAUCAUGUCGCUUUGACAAAGUGAAACCAGUGAGGGACUCAAUUAUCCUUGCCUUACAAUAUUGGAAAGGUGUCCCUGGUUCUGAUUCUCCAGACCCAUCUGAAACUGGAUCCUCUGUAAAAGAAAGUUAUAAUGGAGGUCGAGAGGAUAGUGAACUUUUCAGCACCAGUGACUCUAAACUGAAGGAUGUUACAUCUAACAAAUAUGUAACAGAUUUGGCGAAGAAGAAGGUUCCGUUUCCUGCCAGGAAAGUACCUUCACGCUACAAUGACGACCCUCGAAAGACUAAUCAAGAUAAUUGGCAUAUCGAAAUAGCAGUCCCGGAAUCUCCGGUUGUCUCCAAGGCUAAUCAUCUUCACACUGAAGAAGAAUCAGAGGGCAGCUGCAUCACCAAAACAUUUGCAGAUUCGAGAAAAACGCCAGAAGUGUCGUAUGAGUACAUUCCAAUCUACGAUAAGGCAGAUGGUUAUGUCACUGACGCUGUGAAUGACAACGAUGAUAUCAAGUCUGUCACAGUUUCAUCAAACAGUUUUCAAGCCAGUGGUACGGUGAAUACAGCCAUGAUGAGUAAGCAGUUCGCAGCUGCAGAAGCUGAUACUGAGGAGCAGCAAUUCUCAAACGUAGUGAAGGAUCGUACAAGCAUGGACUCUACUUUAACAGUGUCAAGCUCUCACACCGUUCAUGACUGCUGUGCUCAGACUGCAAAUGAAAUGGCUUCUAUUCGUAAACAGCUCUCAGAUAUUGAGAAUAAACAGUUACAACUGAUAGAUCAGCUACAGGUAUUUUCAACAGGAAUAUUGAACAACUUCUCGGCUCUUCAGUCCAAGGUGUUAAGCUUAGAAUAUGCAGUGGAAGGGAUAGCUCAAAGCUUCGUCUUGCAUCCAGAUACAUCAAACUCCAAUUUCGUGAAGCAAAACCAAGGUAGUACUGUGUCACCGAGGCUCUCUACUUGCACUUCGAGAAACUCUACUGAAAUCCGCAACCGACAAUCCACGAUAUCAACUUCCAAGUACACAAUGACGACAAGGGAGAACAAAACACAUGGAAGAAGCAAACCAAACGACUCACAGUGUAUAGAGAAGACGCGAAGCAGUAAUCUUUCUGGUAAAACCGGUCAACAACAUACAAGAGGAGAAGAUAUUUGGAACAACAUUGGACAGGGAAGACAAACAUCGAUCCAGACCAGGGAAAGCUCUCAAAGCGUAAGACAGCAGCAUUACGGAGAGGUCACGAGUGGACCGAGGAAGCUUGUGGCAGGUGUUUCAUGUGAAGAUUCUGUUGAAUCAGAGUAUCUGGAAGUGAUUUCUUGUGGUGAUGAGCUAGCACUCGUUGAGCUUCUUGACAGAACCGGUCCCGUUCUAGAGAGUUUAUCAUCGAAUACCGUAAAUGAGCUUCUCGGUAUACUUAUCUCCUACCUCCUCGAACGAAGAUUCAUGACUACAAUACUCCCUUGGUUGCAGCAGGUCGCUGACUUGAGCACUACAAAUGGAGCUUACUAUCUGAUUCCAUCUGCGAGAAAGAGAGCUCAAUGGUUGUCUGCGAUUCAGGAGACUUCAGGGAUGGACUUUUCAAGUCUUGCUGAGAGAAGAGCGGUUACUCAAAUAGCAAUGAAGUUGCGCAAACUAUGGGGAAAAUGCUCAUGA